GCCGAACUCAUUGAUGUAGACAGACACUUCAGCGAAAAAGAAGGAUGGCACACGAGGAAGAGCAGGCCUUGGAAAUCGAGGCGCUGCAAUCAAUCUUCGAGGAGGGGAAGGAGUUCACCAGUAUCUCCGAGAAAGAGUUUUCCAUCAAGCUACUACCCUUCCCUGGAGGGGAGGAGGAGAACCAUGUGGAGGUGACUCUUCAUGUGACCUACACGGAGGCAUACCCUGACGAAGCGCCAGAGUGGAAGCUUGAGGAGGUGAAAGGCUUGAGCGAUGAAAAGCUCGAAGAGCUUCAGCAGAGAAUAGAGGAAAGCAUUGAAGCUUCGUUAGGUAUGGCCAUGAUCUAUCCCGUGACCGAGGCAUGCCAGGACUUUUUGAAGGAAAACAAUCAGAAAGAGCUCUCGAUGCAUGAGCAGAUGAUGCUUCGGCAAGCCGAGGAAGAGGACGGCGACGAGGAGGAGGAAGAAGAUGAAGAUGAAGAAGAGGAGGAACCUGAAUGGAAAGGCCUUACGGAGAAGACCUUGUGCCCCGAGAGCGAACGAAUCACCUCCCAGGGCUUCGCAGCGUGGAAGGCAAAAUUUGAUGCCGAGAUGAUCGAGAUCGGCCUGCUGAAGCGCGAUGAGAGCAAAUCGAGGACGGGCAAGAUGAUCUUCUCUCAAAGCCAGGACGGUGAAGGAGGCAAAGAAAAUGGUUACAAGGACUCAAAGUCAGAAGUUCUGGUCUACGACGCGGCCCUUUUUGGUGAGGAGGACGACUUGGACGACCUCGAUGAGGAUUGACCCGCUUGUGCCGCAAAA